UUUCAGCCUGGCGCCUGUCUCGGCCGCCGCGCCAGUUUCGGGCUGGUUGGCGCGGAAUCGGGAUACUUCAGGACCAUGGCGCCCGUGAACGGCGAGGACUGCGACCUGGGGUCGAGCGCUGUGUCAGAUUCAGGGAGUUUUGUAGCUUCUAGAUCCCGGCGAGAAAAGAAAUCAAAGAGAGGGCGCCAGGAAGCUCUAGAAAGACUGAAAAGGGCUAAAGCUGGUGAGAAGUAUAAAUAUGAAGUUGAGGACUUCACAAGUGUUUAUGAAGAAGUUGAUGAAGAACAGUAUUCGAAGCUGGUUCAGGCCCGCCAGGAUGAUGACUGGAUCGUGGAUGAUGAUGGUAUUGGCUAUGUGGAAGAUGGCCGAGAGAUUUUUGAUGAUGACCUUGAAGACGAUGCCCUUGAUUCUCAUGAGAAAGGAAAAGAUGAUAAAGCACGUACCAAAGACAAGAGGAAUGUAAAGAAGGCUGCGGUGACAAAACCAAACAAUAUCAAGUCAAUGUUCAUUGCUAGUGCUGGGAAGAAGACUGCAGAUAAAGCUAUAGACUUGUCCAAGGAUGAUCUGCUAGGUGACAUUCUACAAGAUCUGAACACUGAGAAACCUCAAAUAACUCCACCACCUAUAAUGAUACCAAAGAAGAAAAGAUCCAUUGGAGCUUCACUGAAUCCUUUCUCUGUGCACACCUCCAAGGCAGUUCCUUCAGGAAAAACUGCUUCCCCUGUCUCAAGGAAGGAGCCUCCGUUAACUUCAGUUCCUCUUAAAUGUGCUGAAUUUGCUGGAGAGCCGCUGCCAGCGUUGUGUAUAGAUGACAAGGAGGACUCAGGAGCAAUGGAUUUUGAAGAUGGUGACUUUGAUGAGCCCAUGGAGGCUGAGGAAGUGGAUGUGGAGCCUGUGGCUGUCAAGACUUGGCACCAAGAGAGUGAGCCAGCAGAGGGGGUGAAACGUGAGGCAGAUCCUGGGAAAGGGACCACGUCCUACUUGGGAAGUUUUCUCCCAGAUGUUUCUUGUUGGGACAUUGAACAGGAAGAUGACAGCAGUUUCUCAGCCCAGGAAGUCCAAGUGGAUUCCAGUCACCUCCCACUGGUCAAAGGGACAGACGAGGAGCAAGUGUUUCAGUUUUAUUGGCUGGAUGCUUAUGAAGAUCAGUACAACCAACCAGGUGUGGUAUUCCUGUUUGGCAAAGUUUGGAUCGAAUCCGCCAAAACCCAUGUGAGCUGUUGCGUCAUGGUGAAAAACAUCGAGCGAACACUCUACUUCCUUCCCCGAGAAACGAAAAUUGAUCUAAAUACAGGAAAAGAAACAGAAACUCUAGUUACAAUGAAGGAUGUUUAUGAUGAAUUUGAUGAGAAAAUAGCAGCAAAAUAUAAAAUCAUGAAGUUCAAGUCCAAGCCAGUGGAAAAGAACUAUGCUUUUGAGAUACCUGAUGUUCCAGAAAAAUCUGAGUACUUGGAAGUUAGAUACUCGGCUGAAAUGCCACAGCUUCCUCAGGAUUUGAAAGGAGAAACUUUUUCUCAUGUAUUUGGGACCAACACAUCCAGCCUGGAAAUGUUCUUGAUGAACAGAAAGAUCAGAGGACCUUGUUGGCUCGAAGUGAAAAAUCCACAGCUCUUGAAUCAGCCAUUCAGUUGGUGUAAAGUUGAGGCAAUGGCCUUGAAACCAGACCUGGUGAAUGUGAUUAAAGAUGUUGGUCCUCCUCCACUCGUGGUCAUGUCUUUCAGCAUGAAGACAAUGCAGAAUGCAAAGACACAUCAAAAUGAGAUUAUUGCUGUGGCAGCUUUGGUCCAUCACAGCUUUGCAUUAGAUAAAGCACCCCCACAGCCUCCCUUCCAGUCACACUUCUGUGUUGUAUCUAAACCAAAGGACUGUAUUUUUCCAUAUACUUUCAAAGAAGACAUUAAGGAAAAGAAUGUGAAGGUUGAGAUUGCUGCAACAGAAAGAACAUUGCUAGGUUUUUUCCUCGCCAAAGUUCACAAAAUUGAUCCUGAUAUCAUUGUGGGUCAUAAUAUUUAUGGAUUUGAACUGGAAGUGCUCCUGCAGAGAAUUAAUGUGUGCAAAGUUCCUCACUGGUCCAAGAUAGGUCGACUGAAGCGAUCCAACAUGCCAAAGCUUGGGGGCAGGAGUGGAUUUGGUGAAAGAAAUGCUACCUGUGGCCGAAUGAUCUGUGAUGUGGAAAUUUCAGCAAAGGAAUUGAUUCGUUGUAAAAGCUACCAUUUGUCUGAACUUGUUCAACAAAUCCUGAGAACUGAAAGGGUUGUAAUCCCGAUGGAAAAUGUACGAAAUAUGUACAGUGAAUCUUCUCAUCUGUUGUACCUGUUGGAACACACCUGGAAAGAUGCCAGGUUCAUUUUGCAGAUCAUGUGUGAGCUAAAUGUUCUUCCAUUAGCAUUGCAGAUCACUAACAUCGCUGGGAACAUUAUGUCUAGGACGCUGAUGGGUGGACGAUCCGAGCGUAAUGAGUUCUUGUUGCUUCAUGCGUUUUAUGAAAACAACUAUAUUGUGCCUGACAAGCAGAUUUUCAGAAAGCCUCAGCAAAAACUGGGAGAUGAAGAUGAAGACAUAGAUGGAGAGGCCAAUAAAUACAAGAAAGGACGUAAGAAAGCAGCUUAUGCUGGAGGCUUGGUAUUGGACCCUAAAGCUGGUUUUUAUGAUAAGUUUAUUUUGCUCCUGGACUUCAAUAGUUUGUAUCCUUCCAUCAUUCAGGAAUUCAACAUUUGUUUUACAACAGUGCAAAGAGUUGCUUCAGAGACACACAAAAUUACAGAGGAUGGAGAACAAGAACAGAUCCCUGAGCUGCCAGACCCAAACUUAGAAAUGGGCAUUUUGCCCAGAGAGAUCCGGAAGCUGGUAGAGAGAAGAAAACAAGUCAAACAGCUAAUGAAACAGCAGGAUUUAAAUCCAGACCUUGUUCUUCAGUAUGACAUUCGACAGAAGGCUUUGAAGCUCACAGCAAACAGUAUGUAUGGCUGCCUGGGAUUUUCCUACAGCAGAUUUUACGCCAAACCACUGGCUGCUUUGGUGACAUACAAAGGAAGGGAGAUUUUGAUGCAUACAAAGGAGAUGGUACAGAAGAUGAAUCUUGAAGUUAUUUAUGGAGAUACAGAUUCAAUUAUGAUAAACACCAACAGCACUGAUCUGGAAGAAGUAUAUAAAUUGGGAAACAAGGUAAAAAGUGAAGUGAACAAGUUGUACAAACUGCUUGAAAUAGACAUUGAUGGUGUUUUCAAGUCUCUGCUACUGCUGAAGAAAAAGAAGUAUGGUGCUCUGGUUGUUGAGCCAACGUCAGAUGGGAAUUACUCCACCAAACAGGAGCUGAAAGGGUUAGAUAUAGUUAGAAGAGAUUGGUGUGAUCUUGCUAAAGAAACUGGAAACUUUGUCAUUGGCCAGAUUCUUUCUGAUCAAAGCCGAGACACUAUAGUGGAAAACAUUCAGAAGAGGUUAAUAGAAAUUGGAGAAAAUGUGCUAAAUGGCAGUGUCCCAGUGAGCCAGUUUGAAAUUAACAAGGCAUUGACAAAGGAUCCCCAGGAUUACCCUGAUAAAAAAAGCCUACCUCAUGUACAUGUUGCCCUCUGGAUGAAUUCUCAAGGGGGCAGAAAGGUGAAAGCUGGAGAUACCGUGUCGUAUGUCAUCUGUCAGGAUGGGUCAAACCUCACUGCGAGUCAGAGGGCCUAUGCACCUGAGCAGCUACAGAAACAGGACAAUUUAACCAUUGAUACCCAGUACUACCUGGCUCAGCAGAUCCACCCAGUCGUGGCUCGGAUCUGUGAGCCAAUAGAUGGAAUUGAUGCUGUUCUCAUUGCAACAUGGUUAGGACUCGACCCCACCCAGUUUAGAGUUCAUCAUUAUCAUAAGGAUGAGGAGAAUGAUGCCCUCCUUGGUGGCCCAGCCCAGCUCACUGAUGAGGAGAAAUACAGGGACUGUGAAAAAUUCAAGUGCCCAUGCCCUACAUGUGGAACAGAGAAUAUUUACGAUAGUGUCUUGGACGGUUCGGGCUGGUUGAUUUGUGAGGAGCCAACGUGUCGCAAUCGAACUCGGCGCCUUCCCCUUCAGUUCUCCCGAAAUGGGCCUGUUUGCCAAGUCUGCAUGAAAGCUACACUUCGGCCAGAGUAUUCUGACAAGUCCCUGUACACCCAGCUGUGCUUUUACCGGUACAUUUUUGAUGCGGACUGUGCACUGGAGAAACUUACUACCGAUCAUGAGAAAGAUAAGUGGAAGAAGUUUUUUACCUCCAAAGUUCGUCAGGACUACCAAAAACUCAAGAACACGGCGGAGCAGUUCUUGUCCCGGAGUGGCUACUCGGAAGUGAACCUCAGCAAACUCUUCGCUGACUGUGCCGUGAGGCCAUGAGGGAGGCCCAGAAGUUGGCGGCAGGGUGGGUGAAGAAAGACGCCCGGCUUCCUGGCAACUCCACCACCUCCGCCCAGGCCCUGCCUGCUUCUCAGGCAUCCCGUUUCCUUUAGGACCGUGCCUCGUGUUUGAGCACAUGUGACUUGGGGGUGGGGGGGCAUGACUGACGGGGGACCAGGGGACCACACCAGUCGCUCAUCUACCAAGCAUCAGAGAAGCUCAGAAGAGCCUUCCUGUCACAGUAUAGACCCUACUAUUGAAACAUGGCCUAGAGCCCUCGGCAAAGCGGCUGAAGAGCUGGCUGCUUCGUAUUUGGGACUGGAUUUCGAGGGGAGGGGUCGGUGAGGGAUGAGAAAUUAAUUGAGAGUGGCUGGAAUGCAGGGGACCCCAGGCUUUGCCCCAGGGCCUUCAGCAGAGAUGCCCCCAGAGAGAGAGAUUUAUGAAGUCUGGUAGGAGCGCUAACAUUUUGCCUUUUCACACGCCAAUUAAACCCAGUCAACCCAACUGUUGCCCCAGCCGCUGGCUCCAGGAGUGGCUGUCCUUUUCAGUCUUGUCUUUUAUAUAGGUAGCCGAGGGGGAAGAUAGAGACGCCUUGCAUUUACUAAAUAGAUUAAACAGAGCUUACUUGUUUACUGAAUCGCUCCAGAGUUGCACGUGCACACACAUACUGGGCAGGUGUUUUACACUCACAUUCCUUUUUUUCCCCUUAAGUAGAAAGUCCAGGUAAGGUUUACAGAGUAGGAAAACACAUUUAAAAUAAUUUGAUAUCCUAUAACAUUUCCUUCAAAAUAUGUAGAGGUUGGGGCAAGGAUCCUUGUGUUGUAUUCAGAAGAAAUUGGGAGGAGGUUUGGUUAAUUAGCCCUGGUGCUGUUUUGGUUUUUUCUUUUCUUUUUUUUUUUUUCAUUUCUUCACAGUGGUGCCUCUUUGCUGGAAGCCAAAUGUAUUUCAAUAUAGCAGCCUUUCCAUUACAUUAUUGGUAAGAUUAUACUAACAAAAUAUAUUUCCCCUGUACACUAUGCUAUAUUUUUUUAAAAAGGUCCACCUAUCUGUUUUUCUAAAAGAAAAAAUAUGUUGUGCUUUUUUCCCCCCUGCUUAAAUAAAGUUUUCUGAAAGGAAA